CAAACCGGAAGUUGUGGUUUCCUCGAUGUGUAGUUUGACAUCGUCCAGUCUGAGAAUUCACUCUGAACUACUUUGAAGAGGAAUGCAGCACUCGUAGCCAAACGUACUUGAAUCAAAAGGUGUUCAUCCCAUCAUCAUUAUUCCAGUCAGCACACCAUGGCUGGCUUCAGGCAAGAGGAUGUCGAGCUUUAUUAUGAGAUGGGAGAGGAGCUGGGCAGCGGACAGUUUGCCAUUGUUCGUAAGUGCAAGGAGAAGAGCUCAGGCGACGAGUACGCUGCGAAGUUCAUCAAGAAGCGGCGGCUGUCGUCCAGUAGGCGAGGGGUGAGCCGCGAGGAGAUCGAGCGCGAGGUCAACAUCCUGCGGGAGAUCCAACACAGCAACAUCAUCACGUUGCACGACAUCUUUGAAAACAAGACGGACGUGAUCCUGAUCCUGGAGCUGGUGUCAGGGGGAGAGCUGUUUGACUUCCUGGCUGAGAAGGAAUCUCUGACGGAGGAGGAGGCCACCCAGUUCCUUAAGCAGAUCCUGGAUGGCGUUCAGUAUCUUCACUCCAAACGCAUCGCUCACUUUGACCUCAAGCCUGAGAACAUCAUGCUGCUAGACAAGAAUGUCCCAAACCCCAGAAUCAAGCUGAUCGACUUCGGGAUCGCUCAUCAGAUUAAAGCUGGAAAUGAGUUCAAGAACAUCUUUGGAACACCGGAGUUUGUCGCGCCAGAAAUAGUCAACUAUGAGCCUCUUGGACUGGAGGCAGACAUGUGGAGCAUCGGAGUGAUCACAUACAUCCUGUUGAGCGGGGCUUCACCUUUCCUGGGUGAGACCAAACAGGAGACCCUGACCAACAUCUCUGCUGUCAACUAUGACUUCGAUGAGGAGUAUUUCAGCAACACCAGUGAGCUGGCUAAAGACUUCAUACGCCGCCUGCUGGUUAAAGAUCCAAAAAAGAGGAUGACAAUCGAUGACAGUCUUGAACACCCCUGGAUUAAGGUGAUUAAGAGGCGAAAUGUCCGUCAGGAGGAGAGAGACCACAAGACUGAGCGCCGGCGCCUGAAAACCACUCGUCUGAAGGAGUACACCAUUAAGUCCCACUCCAGUAUGCCACCCAACAAUACUUACGUCAACUUUGAGCGCUUCUCCCAGGUCCUUGAGGAGAUCGCCGCAGCGGAGGAGGGCCUGAGGGAUCUGGAGCGCAAUCAGCGCUCGUGCAGGGAGGACGUGGCGGCGCUGCUGUCCAUCUACGAGGAGAAGGAGGGUUGGUACAAAGAGGAGAACCAGAGCAUCUCCAGCGACCUGAGCCACAUCCGCCAGGAGCUGCAGCGCACUCAAGCCCAGCGCAAGAAGAGCCAGGAGGAGACCCGGCUUACCAUGCAGGCCGCAAACAUCCUCAAGCGCAAGUUUGGGCGCCUGGAGAAUCGCUACGAGGUCCUGGCUGAGCAGGUGGCCUCUGAAGUCCGCUGGGUGGAGGAGCUGGUCAAGUCCAUAUCCGUAGACAAAGACCACGGCUCUGUAAGCAUGCCCUGAGCUGAGCUGGAGUCCAACAAAUGACUAAGUGAUCUGCAAGUAUCGUCCUGCCCGUCUUCUCUGCUCGUGUCUCUGCACCGCAGAGUUGGAGUGGGUCAGUCGUCAUCAUAAGCUCUGCUGCUGCUACCCAUUAGGAAACAUGCUCCACCCUUUGUUAAGUAAAGCUGGGGAGAACGUGCAAGAAGCAGAGAGGUAAAAUGUUGACUCCAUUCCCUGUUGAAAAGGCUCAUUCCUGUGUUUUAUACCUUUAUUUAUCAUUUUAGAGAUGUUAUGUCCCUUACUCACAUCACAGUUUAAACCUUCCAUUACAACUUUUUUUUUUUGCAGUUAGAAUUGCAGAUUGUUAAUACAUUCGUUCAUUUUUUCUUUAUUCCUUGAUCACAUUUGUUUUUGUUUUUUUAAAGCCAUAUGUGUCAGCUCAUUUUCUCUCGCCUCAGGUUAUCAGCCAGCUAUAUGAGGAAUCUUCACAGAGAUAUUGUGAGAGGUUUGCUUAGAGUUCAGGGGUAGUUACUUAUCUUGUUAUAUUUCAGAUUCGACUGCAGCUGACAUCAUAUUUCCACGUGUCAGGAAAGUGUUUCGACUUUAAAGAAUGCAAUAAACCAUCAGCUAUAUAUAUAAAAAGAAAGAUAAAGGUUUUUGCUUUAUUUGACAGGUCUAAGUUCUUGACGGUUUCCUGGAAAUUAUGAGAAGACUUGGUCCCAGUUACAUGGUCACUGGAGACAGAGAGCUGUUAUUGGCUGUUUUGAGUUUACUGUUGAAUUACAUAUACGUUUUUAUAAAAACAAACACUCAAUUUAACCCAAGUAAAUACUUUUUUUCCACCAUUAUCAUUAUGGCAAAAUCCGUUCCUUAAGCUGAAUUUAAUGUUUGAAGAGACAGUUUUCAUGUGAAGCUCUCCUGCUUUCCUUUUGGUAAGGCCCCUCUCGAAAGCUCUUCUGACUUGUGUCUGUUUAAAGGGCCUGAUUUACUUACUCCCCUCUGACUAAGUCUUACAUUCAGGAUAGCUCAGACUUAAGCUAGCAUGUAGGAUUAGCAUUGGGACUGAUCACCCUCUAUCUUACCUACGGUUAGAGCCAAAUGAAACUCUUUCUUCCAGGAAUCCUCAGAGGAAUAUGUUUGACACUGAAUCUGAAGUAACAGACCUGUCAAACAAAGCAGUGUUGCCAGAUUGAGAAUGUAUAAACUCAUCUUUGCAGUGCCUGUAAACUGAUCAACCUUAUUGCCUCUGCAAGCACUCACCUGUCAUCGAGUUCAUGACAUUUCUAUCACAUUGAUAUCGCUAAAUGUCUUAAAACGCAACAACUUUUUGCACAGUAGCCUCGUAAACCAAAAUAGUGUGCAUGGAAUCCUUUGUGUAUAAAACUGUAACUCUGGUAGUGUUUUCAUCCGGACCGUCCCUGCACACGUCAAAACAUUCCAUCGAUGCGUUUCACAUUCCCCAUGUACAGCAUAGAACGUGUGAUAUAUUCAGUAGUAUUUUUCAGUAGAGAGGAAAUGUACUCAAUUGCACUUAAAUGAUUGUAGCAUUGUUCCAAAAUAUAUUUUAACCUGUCUCGAAGUUGUAACAGAGCUGUAAAAUAAAAUCCUGUCUGAACUAGUUUCAAAUAAAAAAAAGAAUCA